AAUGGUGCAAUGGUCUCCAAAGAACACACAGAAAACCCAAAAUGAGUUGCAUAAUGCACGAUGAUGAUGAGACGCUUCAGAGUUACUAGUAACAGUAAUAGUAACACACUCUCAAACUUGGUUCACUCUUUCAUGUACACACAUUGCACCCUACAAAGGUGCACCCUUUACAGCCCUCUUUCUCUCUGUCAUUGCUCACGUUCACUCUAACUCUCAAACCCUUUUUCCCUCAUCACUGCUUCUUUCAAAACCGCUCUGAUCGGUGAACCACCAAGCACUUUUUUUUAUUGUAGUUCGUGUUGGUGGUGUUGCUCUUUUUGUUCUAUGCCUUGGCUUUGUUUUUGCUUGUUCAUGUUAUCUCCACCAUGGACUCUUCUAAGAGGCUUGCAUUCUCGGAACCCAUUAUGUCUCAGAGGAGAAAGGUGAUUUCAGGGUUCAGUUUAGGCGUUGGAGUUUCUCUUAUUUUUGUUACCGUUAUCUUGCUCAACAACACUUCACUCACUGUUCCCAAGGUUCAACUGUUUCUCCAAGGAUCCGAUUUAAAUUCUUCUUUUUCUUGGCGUUUUCCCUUCUCGGCCCGUUAUUCCAAUGAUUCCGUGAGUUCUCUGCACAGGGCUGAAGUGAAUGUGUGGAGUGAGGGUUCGGAGAAGAAGACCCUUUUGGGGAAUCUCACUGGGGAUCAGAAAAAUGCAAGCUUGCAUGAUGGCCACGAGGAACAUGAAGACUGUUGUUCUUUGAAGAAUGUUACUGUGUCAGGGAAGGAAAAUGGGCGCGUGGGAAAUUCGUCAUGCAGUGGUGAUGAUGCUUUGGGAAAGUGUGAAGAAGGGUUGGUUAAGGCAAGUAAUGACAGUGUUGGUAGUUUGUUUGGGGAGUGUGAUAUCUUUGAUGGGAAAUGGGUGAGGGAUGAAUCGAAACCUUACUAUCCCUUGGGGUCUUGUCCUCUCAUUGAUAGGGAUUUUGAUUGCCAUCUUAACGGGAGGCCUGAUAAUGAGUAUGUGAAGUGGAGAUGGCAGCCGAAUGGGUGUGACAUUCCAAGUUUGAAUGCGACUGAUUUUCUGGAAAAGUUGCGAGGACAGAGGCUGGUUUUUGUGGGGGACUCACUGAACAGGAACAUGUGGGAGUCCAUGGUGUGUAUCUUGCGUCAAAGUGUCAGAGACAAGAAACGUGUUUUUGAAAUUUCAGGAAAAACAGAAUUUAAGAAGAAAGGUGUCUAUGCUUUUAGAUUUGAGGAUUAUAAUUGUUCAGUAGAUUUUGUUAGCUCUCCUUUCAUUGUUCAAGAGUCAACUUUCAAGGGCACAAAUGGAUCCUUUGAGACAUUAAGAUUGGAUUUGAUGGAUCAGACAACUACCACCUAUCAUGAUGCUGACAUCAUAGUCUUCAAUACAGGUCAUUGGUGGACUCACGAGAAAACAUCUAGGGGAGAGGACUAUUAUCAAGAAGGCAACCAUAUAUACCCCAGACUCAAAGUUCUGGAUGCAUAUACAAGGGCAUUGACCACUUGGGCUAGAUGGAUUGACAACAAUAUUGAUGCCAAUCGAACUCAGGUUUUCUUCAGAGGAUACUCGGUCACUCAUUUCAGGGGUGGGCAAUGGAAUUCAGGAGGACAGUGCCACAAAGAAACUGAGCCAAUAUCUGAUGGAAAGCACUUGCGCAAGUAUCCUUCGAAAAUGAGGGCUUUGGAGCGUGUGGUCAUGCCAAAGAUGAAAACUUCCGUGAUAUAUAUGAACAUUAGUAGGCUUACAGAUUACAGAAAAGAUGGGCAUCCCUCUAUAUACAGAAUGGAGUAUAAGACAGCAGAGGAGCUAGCCUCUGCGGAACUUCACCAAGAUUGCAGUCAUUGGUGUUUGCCUGGAGUACCUGAUACUUGGAAUGAAUUACUCUAUGCUUCUCUAUUGAAAUAUGGUAAAGGCCAUUGGAAAAGUUGAGCCAAACUCCUCAAAUUCGUUAUGAUUUCUCAUCCAUUAUACAUAUUCAACACAUGUAUAUUCAUUGACUUGCACAAUUCUCAUAAUGAAAACCACGAAAGCUGUAAAAUUUGUA